CACGAGAGAACCCGAAGGCUGUACAGAACACAGCGUUACAGAAUACAGCUCUGGAGUUCAUACCCACAGUUUGUGGAAAUAAAAAUCACAAAGCAAUCCAGCACUCAUUUUCAUCCAGAAGAGUAAACCAAGACUGAAUUUCCAAGGCCUGGACGUCUUCUCUGAUUUUCAUUCUGUGUUCCUGUGCAAAAGAUGUCAAAAAACACUGCAGACAACUCAACUAUCAGUCAACCAGCUGUUCUAGGUGUGUUCCUGGGAAGCAUUUCACUCAUCACUGUUGUUAUGAAUAUAUUAGUACUAUGUGCUGUGAAAACUGAAAAGAAGCUGCAAACCGUUGGCAAUUUAUACAUUGUCAGCCUCUCUAUUGCAGAUCUGAUUGUUGGUUCAGCUGUUAUGCCCCUGAACAUUGUUUAUCUCCUCAAUUCUCAGUGGAUUCUAGGCUUACCAGCCUGUUUGUUCUGGCUGUCAAUGGAUUAUGUGGCCAGUACUGCAUCCAUUUUCAAUCUCUUCAUAUUGUGCAUUGAUCGUUAUUGUUCAGUUCAGCAACCAUUGAAAUAUCUCAGGUAUAGAACAAAAAGGAGAGCCUCGGUAAUGAUUUUGGGGGUUUGGUUGCUCUCUUUCAUGUGGGUCAUUCCAAUCCUAGGAUGGCAUGUUUUUGCUAAUGAUGGGAAAAGGAAAGUAACCAAAACCAAGUGUGAAACUGAAUUCUCUGAAGUCACCUGGUUUAAAGUGUUGACAGCCAUUGUGAACUUCUACAUACCCUCUAUCAUGAUGUUGUGGUUCUACUAUAAAAUAUUCAGAGCUGUUAGAAAACACUGUCAACACCGAGAGCUCAUCAAUGGAUCACAUCAGUCUGUUUCAGAAAAAAACUCCAAACAUCAACGUAAGAUGAAGGACAAGCAAAACAUCUGCCUCCAAAAUCAAGUCUUAGAUGAGAACAGCCCUCCUAAACACAAACAAAGUUCCCCUCAGCCUGAAAAUAUGGAGGCAGAGCUUCAGUUCAGUAAUCCUGACAAGUCUUCAAAGGCAUUCGUUGGCAAGAGUAAUAGGAAAGUCCUUAAAUGGGGCUGUUUCCCUCUUACCACUGCCCAGUCUGAGCCAGGCCAGGACAAAGCAGGAAAGAAGCAUGUGUGUGUAACAGAAGAGAACGAAACUGAAGACAGUGACUUAAGUGAUGCAUCGGACAGCCAGACUUUCAGUGACGAGGUACCUAAUGGAGAAGGCUCCAAUCCUAACCCUGAAAGAGCUGGCAGUCCUCAGGAAAAGCCGGAGAACAGGGAUUUCAAAGGACUGUCUUACCUGAGGAAAACCUGGCAAAGUCUGUAUGCCCAUUCCAAAACACACACUCAAGGACUGCAUGUGAACAGGGAGAGGAAAGCAGCUAAGCAGUUAGGGGUCAUAAUGGCAGCCUUUAUGCUGUGCUGGAUUCCCUAUUUUGUAUUGUUUAUGGUAAUAGCUUUCCAUGGGCAUGAAAGAUUUUCACAGUUCCACAUGUUCACUAUAUGGCUUGGCUAUGUGAACUCCACCUUGAAUCCAUUCUUGUAUCCUCUUUGUAACCAGAAUUUCAAGAAGACAUUCAAAAAGAUCUUUCACAUUCACUGAUAUUGGUCUGAUUUUUGUCAGCUUAAAAGCAGCUCAAGAUUUCAACCAACCAAAAUGUUCCAGUUUCAAAGACAAACACAAUGGGGAACGUACACGACUUUGGAAAACCGUAAUUGAUAAACAAGUGUUAGUAAAAGUGCGAAGCGUGCAUUUAACAGCUUUACACAUUUGAAGAGGAACUAAUUCACAUCAGGAAUAUGAAAAACUCAGGGGCAAUCUCAGAACUGAUACACUGCUUACAACUUGAUAUUACCUCUUCCGUCAUGUAGAACAAAAACGAGAUACAAAUAGAGAUCUUCAGUGACUAUAAAUUAUUCAGCUACAGCAAAAGAAGAGAUAAUGUUUCUGCAAUUGGCCAAAUAUCGUUUCUCUUUAAACUUACUUAAACACGGGAACAUCGCUUGUGAAGUGAAAUCUGCAUGUAGAGGUACUUUGCAUAGUCACAGAAAGAAGCUUCAGCUGUUUAAAAAAUCUAUUUAUUUACAGCUUCGAUCAAAUCAUAAACUUUUUUGAAAUGUCGUCAUCCUGUAACCUACAGCACCUCUGAUACUGUGCUUGCUUCAUUUAGACCUGUACAUGUUAACUUCACUGAAAACAAAAACAAACGGGGUUUAUGUCCUAGAAAUUUCGCUAAGGCUUUCCAACUCAACCCCGUCUCACUGUUUAUUCAGGAAGGGUAUGCUGCUGUUUCUAGACUCACAGAAUAUAGCUGAUUAUAGACAACAUGUAUUUUCUUCUUCCUACAAGCUGGCAAUUAACCUAAGUGUGCAAUGGCACUACUAAUCCAUAUACCCUUAUCUUGUAGUAGGAUAUCUCUUCUUAUUAUAAUGAGGCAAACUCAUGAGCAACAACUCAAGCUUGCAAAACCGAAAAUAAAACACACGAACUGUGUUUACCUUUUCUAUCCUUUAUAUUUAAUUGCAUUUUAUGAAUCAUGCUAUAAAUGCUGCAACAUUUCAGGAGAAACUCACAAAACCAGAAUACGUUGGAAGUGAUCUCAGGAAGACAUGUAAGUACAACCUACAGCUCAAAGCUGGGUGGGCUUUGACAUUAUGUCGUGUUGCUCAGGUCCACAACUUGAACAACAAGCAUCUGUAAAACCAGCUUCAUCUGGAAAAGCUGAGCUCAAUGUAGAAACAAUGUCCUCACGCUCAUUUUGUUGUUCUGAUGAAUUCACCACUAUUUUGCUUCUGAAAUUGCUCAGUUAGCUUAACAACAAAGUCCUGAUGUAACUGGGACUCCUUCAACUGAGUACUGUCAAGAUUUCGGUGGGGUGGGUUGAAGGGAUGUUCUAUGUAGUAUCUUCAUUCUCACAAAUUUUGGCUAUAACACACUAAGUAAAUGCAAAGUAUUAUCCUCUAUCAAUUUUGUCUGAAAUUAAACACCCGAAUGUUGAUAGUUGUAUUUAAAGUAUUAAAUGUUAAAUGGAGCCCUAAUAUGUUUGCAUUUCCAUAAUUGGAAACGUGCUAAAGGAAGAAACUGCAGUCCUUUUUAACGUAUCAUACAAGGUUCCGAGAUUAGCUGACUUUGGUUUCAAGUACCAUGUAGGAAAAACUGCAAUUAGGGAACUCAAA